AAAAGUAAAAGAGUUGAUUGAAGCAUUUCCACAAACAAAUUCUGAAGACAAGGAUAUUCUGGGGAUGGCAGAGGCCAUAAGAGCGCAGUACAAAAAAGCCUGUGCUCUCUUAAAGAUACCAUCUGCCAAUCCAUAUGAUGCAGGAGUCUCAUUUUGAAAAUUCCUCAAUGCAGACUGCAAUGAGACUUCGUAAUCAAAUAAAUACUCUUAUAACAUUCCUGACACCAUUACUACCACUUGCUAACUGUCACAUGGUAGAAAUGUUUACCCUGAAUCAUUGGGAGAAAUUGGUCCCAAAGCCUUUAAAGGAUACUCUAGAAGAUAUGCAGUUGAAUGAUUGUAUAGAAAAGUUCUGGAACUGUGCUUCAAACAGUGAAUGUUCAGAUGCUUCUGAAUUUGCUGUUUGGAUUAAAAAUGCUCAAUCACAUUAUGUGUCUAUCAACAAUGACUACUGUUUGAAUUUAGAACAGCUUCAAAAUCGUUUUGCAAAAUGGGGUGGGCAGAUGAAACCUGAAAUACUUAUCACGGAAUUUAUGUCCAGCAAAAAGAGUUAUGAGUUACAGGUUCAAACAAUGUCGCAUUUAGUAGCAUCACUGCACAAUAGUACUCAUUCAACAUGUUGCGUGGAGGCUGGUGGGGGGAGGGGACAUCUGCCUGUUGCCCUGACCCUUGGUUAUGGAAUACCCAGUCUGACCAUAGACUGUGCUGAUAAAACUAUAGAAGCCGCCGCUGUAAGGAUCAAAAUUAUACAGAAACAAUGGCACGCCAUAGCAAAAAGAGUUGAAAAUGGAAUCCAAGGGAGAAUUAAUGAUAGCAUCAACAAAAACUUACACCGAUUCGCCAGUGCCUACAUCACUAGAGACACCGACCUGGCUAGCAUAGUAAGGGAGAAAUUUCCAGAACAAACUGACAUCAGAGUCCUUUUGACAGGUCUCCACACCUGCGGUAACCUAGGGCCCGAUUCCCUAAGGAUCUUCGCGGCACAGCCCGCCGUGAAAGCUGUAUUCAAUGUGCCGUGUUGUUACCACCUUCUUACCGAGGAAGUAGACGCUGCAAUGUUUGACGUCUUCGAGAGAGACUUUGGUAGUGGACACAAGAUGGACGAGGGUUUCCCAAUGUCGCAAUAUUUGAAAGGAUACAACUUGGGACGAAACGCUCGCAUGCUGGCUGCACAAUCUAUAGACCGAGUGGUUUAUCAAAAGCAAUUACCUGAUAGAAGUUUACUCUACAGAGCUAUUCUACAGGUAAUAAUUAGGCAACAUUUACCAAACUUUACAAUACCCGAAGGCAAAUUAAAGCGGUUAUCUACGAAAUGUCACGGAUUUAGGGAUUAUUUCAAGAUGGCCGACAGCGCCCUAAAUCUUGGACUUUAUGAUAAUCUAUCCGAGAGCUAUCUAGCUGAUAUUGUCGCGCAAAUGGAUGUUCAAUGGAAACAAACAGUGCUAUUUUAUUUACUUAGGUUAUGCUUGGCUCAAGUUGUAGAAGGCGUCAUUCUGUUAGAUAGAUUGUUGUUUUUGUUUGAAAACGGAUUCAAAGACGUGUUUUUGGUAAAAUUGUUCGAUCCUGUGUUGUCUCCGAGAUGCCACAGUAUAGUUGCCGUUAGAUGACAGUUAUAUUUCAAUUUUUGAUUGAAUUCUGUAUUUUACUAUGUGUUAUUGUUUUUAUUUCAUCACGUCAAAGCGUAGCAAGCGAUUGAUGUAAUUAAAAUAUACCUAAGUAUACAAAACUUGACGUUUUCAGUAUUUAUAUCA